CCGGCGCACGGUCAUCGCCGAGCGCCGCCUCCAAGUUUUCUUGUGCUCCUCCGAAACGGUCAUUUGAAAAAAGAGACUGGCAGCCCUCGCAAGUGGCGGCCCUGGCGCUUCACCCCCUGCUCUUUGAAAGUGUUUAUAGAGACUCCUUUUAAUUUUGGGAUGAAUCAUAGAACACCACCCUACCCCGCUGGGGAUUACUGUCUUCUGUGCAGAAGCGAGAGGAAAGACGCUUCGUUCUUAGAGAGUGGAGUGAAGACCACAAGCAAGCUGGCCCUGUCCAUGGCGCCCAAGGGCAACAGCGUGCUGCACCUGCCGCUCUGGGUGUGCCCCGACUGCCGGCGCGCCGUGGAGAAGGACGCGCGCCACGGCGGCCCCGAGCAGCCGGCGCAGGGUCAAGACUUCCUUCUCCACACCCCACUCAGCUCGCAGACGGAGGCUGGCAGUGGCGGGCGGCUCGCCCUGGGCGCUCAGCCGAUGCCCGUGGCCGCCCCCGCGGACCCCGCAUGCGCCUGCGAGGCCUGCAGCGAGCGCAGGGAGAUUUCGGCGGAGGCGGAGCGGGAGCCCCAGCAGCUGCAGAACUACUGGUCGGAGGUGCGCUACACGGUCCGCUGCAUCUACCGGCAGGCGGGCACCCCGCUCGCAGACGACCAGGACCAGUCCCUGGUGCCCGACAGGGCGGGGGUGAAGGAGCUGGUGGACAGGCUCUGCGAGCGGGACCCCUACCAGCUGUACCAGCGGCUGGAGCAGCAGGCGCGGGAGUACGUGCUGGAGAUGAAGGUCCGGCUCCUGCGGCAGCUGUCGGCCGCAUCCAGAGUGAAGCCGCCGUCCGGCCUGCAGGGCCCGCCGCAGGCGCACCAGUUCAUCUCCCUCCUCCUGGAGGAGUACGGCGCCCUGUGCCAGGCCGCACGCACCAUCAGCAGCUUCCUCGGCACGCUGGAAAACGAGCACCUGAAGAAGUUCCAGGUGACGUGGGAGCUGCACAACAAGCACCUCUUUGAAGACCUGGUCUUCUCUGAGCCGCUUCUCCAGAGCAACCUGCCAGCCCUGGUGUCGCAGAUCAGGCUGGGGACCACGACGCACGACGGCUGCUGCGAGGACACGUACAGCGCGCUGCUGCAGCGGUUCCAGCGCUCCGAGGAGGAGCUGCGCGCCGUGGCCGCCGAGUGGCUGCAGUGCCAGAAGAGGAUUGACGCCUACGUGGACGAGCAGAUGACGAUGAAGACCAAGCAGCGCAUGCUGACGGAGGACUGGGAGCUCUUUAAGCAGAGGCGGUUCAUCGAAGAGCAGUUCACGAAAAAGAAAGCCGCCGCUGGCGAGAACAGCUUCACGGACACCAUGCGGCACGUGCUGUCGCCGCGGCUGAGCGUGCCCGACUGCCCCAACUGCAACUACCGGCGGAGGUGUGCUUGUGACGACUGCAGCCUGUCCCACAUCCUCACCUGCGGCAUCGUGGACCCCCCGGCCGCGGGCGACAUCCACAUUCACCAGCUGCCCCUUCCGGUGGACGCAGCUCCCGACUGCCUGUCCGAGAUGCGGCCGCCCGGCGCGUCGUCAGCCAGCUCAGGGUCGGCGUCCAGCUCUCCCAUCACCGUUCAGCAACAUCCCAGACUCAUCCUCACCGACAAUGGCUCUGCACCAACGUUUUGCAGUGACGAUGAAGACGUCGCCCCGCUGUCGGCCAAGUUUGCCGACAUUUACCCCCUGAGUAACUACGAGGACGCUGAGGUGGUGGCCAGCAUGAACGGCGUCCAUGGAGAGCUGAACGGCGGCGGGGAGAACCUGGCCCUGAAGGACGAGUCUCCUCAGGUAAGCAGUACCAGCAGCAGUUCCUCAGAAGCUGACGACGAGGAGGCAGACGGCGAGAGUAGUGGGGAACCCCCGGGCGCCCCGAAGGAGGACACGGCUCUGGGGAGCGGGAGCCCCAGGAAAGAGGAAAGUAAAGUGGACAGUCCACCCCCGUCUUACCCAGCUCAGCAGGCAGAACAAGCUCCAAACACUUGUGAAUGUCAUGUUUGUAAACAAGAGGCGUCUGGAUUAACGCCUUCAGCAAUGGCCGCUGGCGCCCUGCCUCCCGGCCACCAGUUUCUGAGCCCCGAGAAGCCCGCGCACCCUGCGCUGCACCUGUACCCCCACAUCCACGGGCACGUGCCCUUGCACGCCGUCCCACACCUGCCUCGCCCUCUCAUCCACCCCACCUUGUACACAGCGCCCCCCUUCACACACAGUAAGGCUUUACCACCAGCACCUGUUCAGAAUCACACAAAUAAACAUCAGGUAUUCAGUGCAUCUCUUCAAGACCAUAUUUACCCGAGCUGCUUUGGGAGCACUCCAGAGUGGACUAGUUCUAAGUUUAUAAGUCUUUGGGGAUCAGAAGUGAUGAAUGAUAAGAACUGGAACCCUGGCACUUACUUGCCAGAUACAAUUUCUGGGAGUGACUUAUUAGGGCCAACACUCUCAGAAGCAAGACCUGAAGCUCUUCCGCCUCCAUCUAGCAGUGAAACGGCUGCAAUUCCCGAUAAUAAAGAGAGAAAGAGCGCUGCCAGAAAGAAGUGUUUGUAUAAUUUCCAAGACGCUUUCAUGGAAGCAAACAAAGUUGUGAUGGCCACGUCGUCAGCCACAUCCUCCGUGUCCUGCACGGCCACCACGGUGCAGUCCAGCAGCAGCCAGUUCCGUGUGUCGUCCAAGAGGCCGCCUUCCCUAGGUGACGUCUUUCACGGCAUCAACAAGGAAGACCACAGGCACGGGGUGCCGGCGGCCCCCAGGAGCAGCCCCACGGGCCUGGCCCCGCUGCCUGCCCUCGCCCCCGCCGCCCUCUCAGCAGCCUCCACGCCUCACCUGGCCAACAUAGCAGCUGUGUCCUUCCCCAAAACAGCCGCCUCCCCUGGCUUCGUGGAGUCGCUCAAGAGCUUCUGUCCUGCUCCCGUGGCCCCCCCGCCCCCCACCACCGAUGGCUCUGUCAGUGCUCCCCCCAGCGUCUGCAGCGACCCUGAUUGCGAAGGGCAUCGCUGCGAGAACGGCGUGUACGACCCGCAGCAGGACGACGGGGACGAGAGCGCGGACGAGGACAGCUGCUCCGAGCACAGCUCCAGCACCUCCACCUCCACCAACCAGAAGGAGGGCAAGUACUGCGACUGCUGCUACUGCGAGUUCUUCGGGCACGGCGGGCCUCCAGCCGCACCCACAAGUAGAAAUUACGCGGAAAUGAGGGAAAAGCUCCGUCUACGGCUGACCAAGAGGAAGGAAGAGCAGCCUAAGAAAGCGGACCAGCUCUCAGAACGGGAGAGUGUGGUCGACCAUCGCAGGGUGGAGGACUUGCUGCAGUUCAUAAACAGCUCGGAGACCAAGCCCGUGAGCAGUACGCGGGCCGCCAAGCGCGCUCGGCACAAGCAGAGGAAGCUGGAGGAGAAGGCGCGCCUGGAGGCGGAGGCGCGGGCCCGGGGGCACCUGCAUCUGCGCGAGGAGCAGCGGCGGCGGGCCGACGACGAGCGGCUGACGGAGGAGCUGCAGCGGCUGCAGGAGCUGCAGACCCUGCGGGCCGUGAAGAAGAAGAAAAAGGAGCGGCUCGGGAAGGACUGCCCCAAGUUGGACAUGCUUGCCGGCAGCUUCCAGGCAGCCGCAGAGUCGGCGCCUGGCGCUGAGACCAUCCACAACGGCUCUCUGGAGCCAACUGAAGACCCUGAGACCUCAUCCCCCUGCCCCUCCAGACAUGCAGACCACGCGGGCCUGGGGCCGGGGGCCGACCCCUCCAGACACGCGGACCCCACCGAGCCUGUGGACGCCAGGGAGGCCAAGCGGCUCCUGCCCAAGGGGAUCAGCGGGGAGCAGCCAGAGCCGCUGUCCUUCCUGCUGGACAUGGUGCAUCACCACAAAGGGGGCGCCGGCCCACAGAAGCCGCGGCCGGGCAGCAAGGCCGCCGGCGAGCCCGCCAGGAAGCCCACGGAGUCCCCCCGGGCCCCAGAGGGCCCGGCCAGGCCCCGGCCACAGGCUGAGCCCAAGGCCAGAGUGCUGGAGCUCCCGCCCCUGGUGGGCCACCGAAGGGAGGAGACGAAGGUUAACAGCAACAACAACAACAGGAAGCAGCUGAACCACGUCCGCGAAGAAAAGCCGGGCCCAGGCCCCGCAGAGCCCCCCGUGCCCAGUGAGCCCCUGCAGAGCGGCAAGCCGGCGACUGCGGAGUCCCCGCAGCCCAAGGGCCGGGGCAGGAAGAGCAAGAAGAAGAAGGGGGAGCGCGCCAGCAGCUCCAUCGAUGAUGUCUUUCUGCCUAAAGAUAUCGACCUAGACAGUGUGGACAUGGAUGAGACAGAGAGGGAAGUGGAGUAUUUCAAAAGGUUCUGUUUGGAUUCUGCCAGGCAGACCCGACAGAGACUGUCUAUCAACUGGUCCAACUUCAGCUUGAAAAAAGCCACCUUUGCUGCCCACUGAACGAGGAUGCUGGAGAGGGCGGCGCGGUGGCCGGCCGGCCCCCCAACGAGAGCCUGCUGCUCGGCCGCGCUGUGAGCUCGUGUGCGUGUUGUCUGUGCGUGAGCCGGACGAGCCGUCCCCGCGCGGCCGGCCCUCUGCGUCUCGCCCCGUCCCGCCACCUGCCCCUGGGGGGCUCCGCCCAGCUCCGCCCGCGUCCACCGAUGGCCCGGGCGGGCGGGCCCGCCGUCCUCCACAGUCCACUGUCCAGAGUGUCCACGUCGCGCGUCCGUGUCUGACCCCCGACUUGUAGCCAGCUUGUGUAAGACCCCGCAGAACGAGACCGUUCCGAGCAAACACCCACCAGUACUCACACCAUGAAGUCUGUAGAGUGUGCAACUGUAUUAACACGGAGCCUGCCUGGCUACUUUUUUAACAUAUUGUUAAGUAAUAUUAAAAUCAUGUCUUUCUUUUUGAAAGAUGGAAUACAUUAGUACAGCAGGA